AUGACCUUCCCCAGCAUGGAUGUUGCUGAGAGGCAGCCCAUGACGAGGAGACCCGUCUCUGUUACCCCAUCUUUCCCUGUGCACAGCCCACCAGUUCAGCUGGAGCGGCAGGGCCGCGAGCUGGGCGCGCUGCGGGAGCGCCUGGAGCUGGAGCUGCUCGCCCUGCAGGACCAGCACGGCGCCGAGGCGCAGGAGUACCAGCGGAUAAUUGAUGCCCUAGAAGAAGAAAAACAGUUCCUGACCAUGUCGAUCACAGAUUACCUGAAGGACUAUCAAGAACUACUGCAAGUGAAAGCUGGUCUCAUUCUGGAAAUUGAAACUUACAGAGCUUUGUUAGAAGGGGAAUGCAACCCAUGGGUUAUUACAUGGACAGAAGAGCAUUUAAGGAAAAUCCCUCAAGAUGUUAUAAACACAUCAUAUAACUACACUGAUGUUUAUUCUACUUACCAAGAACGGAAUAAAAAUAAAGCUCUUCCAGCUAUCAGAAGCACUGAUACAAGACACAGAAUACCAAUGACAAAUAUUAGCAGCUCUGCGCUUUAUUCAGCUCAAUCAACACACGCUGGAUCACAGACAACAGGUAUUGGGAGGUCUUUUGGAAGAGAUGUGCUGAGUUCAACAUAUCGUCCGUCCACAACUGUUAAAAAGGAUGAAAGGAUUGUGACAGACCACAGAGAAACGAGAACAUAUACUCCAGCCUUCAGUAGCUGGAAAAACACUGAAAUGCACCAAAAAAGAUAUCCAGAAACAAAGAAAACUGAAGUUACAACUUCAUCCACAGUAUCUUUUUCAAAAGAAUCAGCACACACUGAAAAAUCAAACAAGGACCACAAAGUCGAUACAAGGCCAGGAACUGCUGAAAAUAUAAGGACAAAACCAAGCUUCACCAAAUCAUCGAAGUAUGAAGAAACCAUAACUGAAAGUCGGACCUCACUAAAAGAAGAACGAGGAGGCAGUAAACCAGCUGAAGAAAAAAAGAUUCUCUUGAAAGAAGAAGACAAACUAGAAAAACAUACAAAGGAAGAGAAAGAUAGCAAACUGGAGAAAAAGAAAAUGGACGAGAAACCUUUUAUGGAAAACAGAAGUGUUAAUUUUGGAAAGAGGACUGAGGAUAAAACAGGGAUAGAGCAGAAAAAAUAUGUUCAUGAGGAAGUGAUUAGCCAGAAGGUAACAGGGAGUGAUAUUCCUAAUGCAAGAACUUUGAAAAGUGAAUCAACCAGGAAAGAUACAAAUGUGACCUGGGAAUCCAGAAACCAGGAAGCCACUGAGAUGUCCAUCGGUUCUGACAAAGUAUCUCAAAGUAAGAAAGACAUAAGGUUGCGAGGUUUUAAAACUUCUGUAGAAAGAGAGACAGAUGAGCAUGUAACUAAGUCUGCUGAAAUGCACAAAGUGACUGUUUCAGAAGCAGAAUCCAGUCUGAAAGAUGAAGAGAGAAUUAGUGACAGACUUAAUAAAACAGGUUCUCUUUCAACAGAAAACAUGGCAGAAAAUAUUGUUGCUGACAUUCUGAAAAGUUUUACUCAGUCUUCUAGUUCAGAAGUAUCAUCGGACACAAAAGUGACUUACUUCAGUAAGAAAGAACAGCCAGAUGAUGGGAAAAUAAAGACUGAGAUCACAGUACAGUCUCAAGUUCAAGAAAACAUAGACAUUUCUGAUCGGGUUGAUCUUGAAGGUCUAUCAAGCCAGGAUAUUAAAAAAGUGGUUUUAGAGGGUGUUGAAGGAAUGCCUUCGAAAGAGGAGAUAGAAGAUAUAGUACAUCAUGGCCUGAAAGGAAGUGAGAGUGGAAAGAAUGUGUCUGUUAAUGUUGAGAUUGUAGAGGAGCCCCUAGAUUAUGUCACUGAUGAAAGGACUGAUUUUUCAACACCGUUUGAAGUAGAGGAAGUGGAAGAUACAUUCCCUGAAACAAAGAGGCAUUAUGGUGAUGAGGAAGAACAAAUCACAAUGUCUACAUAUGACGAUCUUAAAAAGAAGAAACAACGCCAUGGGAGUUACACUCAUGUGGAAGAAGUAACUGAGGAAGACGACUCACCUAUUGAACAGAAAUAUUUUGUAUCUGUUCCUGAUGAUCAGCCUGUUGUUCGUGAAAAAGGCGAUGACUCACUAUAUGGCCAAAUUCAUAUAGAAGAAGAAUCAACUAUUAAGUAUUCCUGGCAAGAUGAAUUUAUGCAAGGCACACAAGGCAAGAGAGAUGAAGGUGCAAGAUCUCCAGACGUAACAUAUCAGGUGGUAGGAGAGGAAGCAAGUGCCCGUAUUUUAAAAGAAGAGCUUCCAAAAGCUGAAACAACCCGUGUUGAAUCCGUUGUUAUUGAAAAAGAAAUUAAAAUACCUCAUGAAUUUCAGACUUCAAUAAAGGGUCUUUUAUCAAAGGAAACUAAGGAUCCUAAGCAUCAACUGAAAGAAGCUUUGGGGCAGUUGGAGGGCAGUCUCCCAGAAAGUGUGAAAGAGGAACUGUCUGCAUUAACAAAAGAAAAUCAAGCUGACUCCAGUAGCUUAGAAUUUGAUAUCAAGAAAGUUGAUCAAACAGAGGACGGUGGCUCAGUGACUAUUGUUGCUGAAGUCAAUUUGUCACAGACCCUUGAUACUGAUCAGUUUGAUGUAGCUCAACUUGAUGAAGUAAUUGCAGGUGAGAAGAAGGUACCAUUCCAUUCUUUGAAAAAAGAGAGAUCAGAGAGAGUUGUUGAUGGUAAAAGCAAUAUAGAAAUAGAUGUUUCUUCAGGCAGUGACAAAUACACUCCUCUGGCUAAUCAAGAAGUCUAUAGCUCAUCCACAGUGAGAAGGAGUGGUGGCACAGGCUAUCAUGCCACUGAACAAGUUAUUUAUGACGGUUCAGUUGUGGAAACUGCAAAUUUUGGAGUCUCUCACUCACCAGAAACAACCGAUAAGAGCAAAUCUGUAAGGCAAAUUAAGAUCAGUCCAGCAGAAGUACAGACAGUUGAGCAGAUUGUAUAUGAAAGGCCUGGUUCUGAAACUCUAGAGCUUAGGAGUUCAGAAGAUGUUGUUCAUAGAGAAGGAUCAUCGGAGAUGAGCAGGUCUGUCAAGCAUUUUAAAUUAGGUCCUAAAGAAAUCCAAACUACAGAAGAAAUAAUUUUUAGAGGCCCUAUUACUACAACUGUAGAAGAAUCUGGAAGUCUUUCUCAGCAGAAGUUUUCAUCAGACUUUAACAGGUCCACAAGACGUGUCACGGUAGGAUCAAGGCAAGUAACUGAAGAAGUUGCUUUUGAAGGGCCUGCUUCAGACUCUGCGGAGCUCAAUAGUUCAGGGAGUCUUUCUCAGACAGAAGGGUCUGUGGAUGUCAGUAGAUCAGUAAGACACUUCAGAUUAGGUCCAAAAGAGGUUCAUACUGAGCAAGUUAUCUUUGAGGGACCAAUCUCUAGUAAAGCGGAACUUAGUGAUAUUGGAGACUUUUCCCAGACAGAAAGUUCAGUAAGGCACAUCCAGUUAGGCCCCAAAGAGUUUAUGACAACUGAACAGGUCGUCUACCAGGGGCCAGUUUCAGAGCAUAUAGAAAUCAGUGAAUCGGGAGACCAGAUUCUUUCUGAAGGUUUGGUCAGGCACAUUAGACGAGGUCAAAGGGGAGUUAAAACUACUGAAAAAAUCAUUUAUCAGGGCUCCCUUUCUGAAACUUCAGAGCUCUUUAACAAAGGAGAACAUCUUUCUGAGAAUGAAGGAAGCUCAGAUAUUAAUAGAUCCUCGAGGCGCAUUAAAAUAAGUCCUGUAGAAACUCACACUGAGCAAGUGAUCUUUAGAGAACCUAUUUCUGAAACGCUGGAGGAUCUUUCGCAAACACGAGAGUCAUCUGAGAGCAGUAGAUCGGUAAAGCACAUUCAAUUAGGAUCCAAGGAAACAUCUUUCACUUUCCAAAUGGAUGUUUCCAACAUGGGUGGAGUGUCUACGGUGGCAAGUGGAGAACAAGCAACAGUUCUCGUAUCCAAUAAGCAAGACCCCACUGUUAGUCAGUCACAGGUUGCAGCUGAAAGUGAACAGGUUGUGAAAAACGAAACUAACAGAGGAGCUUAUGUUUUCUCCAGUUUUUCCCAUGAUCGUGGUGAGAAGGUAGAGGAGAAAUCCUCUUUUGAUAAAACUGUACAGUUGCAAAGAAUGGUAGACCAACGGUCAGUUAUAUCUGAUGAAAAGAAAGUUGCCGUUGUCUAUUUGGACCAUGAGGAGGAAGAAGAUGAUGAUAACGAUGGACAGUGGUUCUAAAAGGACUUUUUGAAAGAAAACUAUCUAGUAAUUUGUUUAUACAGAUUCCUAAUUGUCUU